GGCAGCGCGAGAGGCAGCCACGAGGACGGACGGAGCGAGCGAGGAGGCGAAACAGCACUGCAAGUCCUCUUCUACCCUGCGCCACUUGGAUUUCUUUUCUUUUCUUUUCUUUUCUUUUAUACCACACCGCACCGCACCGCCGCUGCUAGCUGCUCCCCAGAUCGUCGACCAGGUUUACAGGGGAAACCAGCUGCGGCUGCUGCAAGAAAACACAGGUACACAGACAGCAGCAUGGCCGGAGUCCAGGUGACGCCGGCGGCCGUCGGCGUGGCGGGGCUGAGAGGGUCAGGGGUUGGCAGCACCACCGGCUUGUUCGCCGGCGACUGGAGGAGGAAGGCUCGACGCCCGGCGUGCUCGGUCUGGGCGCUCAGGCGGCAGCAGAGACGGAGCAGCAGCAGGAGCAAGGGGGGCGGCCUCGCCAUCGUCUGCAACCUCGCGGGACAGUACGAGGAUUCCUUUGACGACGUCCAGCGGCAACUGAUGAACUACUUCACCUACAAAGCCGUGAGGACCGUGCUGACCCAGCUAUACGAGUUGAACCCACCAAGCUACCGUUGGUUCUACAACUUCGUUGCUGUCAACAAACCUACUGACGGCAAACACUUCCUCCGUGCUCUCAGCAAGGAGAGGCAGGAGCUUGCAGAGCGAGUGAUGAUUACUAGGCUUCACCUAUAUGGAAAAUGGAUCAAGAAAUAUGACCACGCAAACACGUACGAGAAGAUUUCUGAUGAGAACCUGACGCUGAUGCGAGAGCGGCUCAUGGAGACGGUCAUCUGGCCAACUGAUGACACCAACACAGAGAAGAUCGGCUGAUCAAGCUUAGCUCCUUAUAUUAGGUAGAAUACUCUGGGUUUCUCUAUCAGUCAGUCAGUCAGUCAGUCAGUCAGUUGUAUAUAAUCAGAGUUUUAGUAGAGAGUAUAUAUUUCUCUGGGCAGUGUUCAGGCAAUUAAUAUGUGAGGUGUUAACAAUGCUGUUUUGCCCUCCCAAGUCUCUACAGUUGCUCUAGAGGAAGCAAAAAAGACUUUACCUUGUAAUUUGUAUGAAUAAUGAAAGCUUUGGUUCACUUCAGAGUUCA